AUGACUUCUAACACGAGCGUUUAUGCAGCGGAGCCUGCAUUGCCAGUCCUGGCCGAUUCCCUACUCCACCAGUCAGAAUCGAGCACCAAAGAACCCGCUCCCCAAGCCAAUAUCCCUGCUGCAAAUAACGACUGGAACCUAAGAGACGAUUGGAAAAGAGGUAUUCAAAAAGACAACAAAAGUGUCUUCCGCUGCGGCACAGUCCUCGGAUUCUCCAGGUUACGAGGAAGAAGCGAUGAAACACACGAAUACAUCGGCGAGAUCCCCCGCUAUCUGCUAAUAGCUCAUCUCCGAAAUAUAACCCAACACAAAGAGCCAAGCACAUUCAUAAUCUACCCCGGCAACUUUGACGCCUUCGAUCCGCAAAACCUCUACGACGAUCUAACAUUACCAAAAGACCAAGACCAGCAAGCCCUCUCAGAAAAAGAAGCAAUCCAAAAAAUGGACACAGUACAGCUCCUAGCAGUCUCAGAUUUCCACGAAGCAGCACAAGCCAUACGACAAUAUUCAGACGUGGUAGACUCACUCGAGCAAAAGCGUCAAGAAGCGCGAAAUAAUCCAAAUAGCGUGAACCAUUCAUCCAGUUUUGAUCCAAUCAUGCUACUAGUCGUUGGACUGGAUUACCUCGUUGAAGGAAUAAUCCGCGCUUCGAAUUCUGGGAAGGGCGUGGCUAUGUUGACUGCCGCGCUGCGUUCUCUGACAACGUUUUCGAGGAUUCAUGAGUCUUUUCUGUCUAUUGUUCUUGUGAACAUGAAUGGAUUGGGACCGUACAACCCGGAUUGGGGUGGCUCUCACUCUUAUCUGAACGGGAAUAUGAACGUGAAUACGAAUUCCCGUGAUGAUAGUUCUAAAGCUCUCGACUAUGCCAUCCACUCCGCGUUUCAUUCUGAGAUUCGCUUGUUCCCGAAUAUGCUUAUGAAAACACUGGAUCAGGGGACUGAUACGCAUUUCCUUGUUUCAGAUGUUCGACGAGCUCAGGUACUUGAGGUUAUUAAGGAUCGGGUUGGGGGAAGUCUUGGGAAAUGGGGAGUUUGGAAUGAACACCGGGAGAUUUUGUAUUAG